GGGGUCCUGCAGAGGCUGCAGCUGUCUCCUCAGAGCUCAGAGUCCUCUCAGCCCAGCUCACCCCAACAAAGGGCUGUUGUGUGGGGGGAGGGCUAUCCCUGCAGGGCUGGUGGAGGUGGGGCCCUGAGGGCCUAUCAGGCUCCCUGUGGCUUGCCCUUCUCCCCACCAAUCAGGAGCCAGAGGAGAGCAGUGUUUAGGUCACCCUGGCCUUUGGUGCUGAUUUGUGGUGCCUGGACCUGCCCUGCCCAGGCUCCAGGGUGCCCUCCUUAACCCCCCUUCUCCAGAUACCCGGCUUUGGGUCUUGUAGCACUGAGCUUGGACCAAGCAAGGUCCAACCACAACAUUCUUAAAGCCUCCAGGCCACGGUUCAUCCAGGGAGGGGCUGGAUGGAACCUCGGUCUUGGUACCUCGCCCUCUUCCCCCCAGCAACCCUGAAGAUUCCCAAAGUCUGGCUCAGUUACCUGGGCAGUUGGCUGGCUGGCCCAAACAAAAACAGGGGGGGCCUUGGCUGGGCCCUGGGGGGUAAUCUGAGGCCCCAGGCUAUCCCCAUCCAGCACAGCCAACCCUCAGGGCUGCUGGACCAAAACUGUGGCCCACCCCUUCUCCCCAGAGGUUCUGAACCUAGCGUGUGUCCCUACCCCCCAUGUGGGUCUCUGGCUUCCCUGUCAUGGGGACACUAGGCGGGUACUGGGCUCUGCACCAAGCUCCGCCUGCCUCCUCACCCAUUUGUGUGGCUCCCUGGGGCAGAACUGUGCAGACUGGUGGGGCGGGGCCCCGCUCCUUCUGCCCUUUCUGUCCCUUUUAGUGGGGCCAGCAGGCUGCCACAAAGAGGGUGCUUUCUCACUCUGAGCCCCCUUUCCCAGCUCUGGCUUACUGAGUCCAGACCUGGCUUUCCUCACCCCACUUGUGGAGUCUGCCACUUCCUGAGCCCCCUCCCUGCCUGGUCUGAGCAGGAUCAUGGCCGCGAGAGCAGGUGGCCACAGCCAGGCUGCAAUGAAUGGGAUGAAAGAGAAGGUGCUGACGCUGGACACUAUGAAUCCCUGUGUCCGGAGGGUGGAGUAUGCUGUUCGAGGCCCCAUAGUGCUGCGAGCACUGGAGCUGGAGCAGGACCUUCGCCAGGGUGUGAAGAAGCCUUUCACUGAAAUCAUCCAUGCCAACUUGGGGGACGCACAGGCCAUGGGGCAGAAGACCAUUACCUUCUUCCGCCAGGUCCUGGCCCUCUGUGUACACCCGGACCUCCUAAACAGUCCCCACUUCCCUGAGGAUACCAAGAGAAGGGCAGAGCGCAUCUUGCAGGCUUGUGGGGGUCACAGCCUGGGAGCCUACACCUUCAGCGCAGGCAUCCGUUUGUUCCGCGAGGAUGUGGCCCAGUAUAUAGAGCAGCGUGAUGGAGGCAUUCCCUCGGACCCCAACAACAUCUUCCUGUCCACAGGGGCCAGCGACGCCAUCAUGACGGUGCUGAAGCUGCUGGUGGCUGGAGAAGGCCGCUCUCGCACAGGAGUGCUCAUCCCCAUCCCUCAGUACCCGCUGUACUCCGCGGUCCUGGCUGAGUUCAACGCGGUGCAGGUGGAUUACUACUUGGACGAGGACCGUGCAUGGGCGCUUGACAUAGCUGAGUUGCAGCGGGCGCUGCACGAGGCUCGCGGGCACUGCACCCCUCGUGCGCUCUGCAUCAUCAACCCCGGCAACCCCACUGGGCAGGUGCAGACCCGGGAGUGCAUCGAGGCUGUGAUCCGCUUCGCCUUCGAGGAGCGUCUCUUCCUGCUGGCUGAUGAGGUGUACCAGGAUAACGUGUACGCCGACGGCUCACGGUUCCACUCAUUCAAAAAAGUGCUCAUGGAAAUGGGGCCACCCUACUCAACGCAGCAGGAGCUGGCCUCCUUCCACUCCAUCUCCAAGGGCUACAUGGGCGAGUGUGGCUUCCGCGGAGGCUACGUGGAGGUGGUGAACAUGGACCCCAAGGUACAACAGCAGAUGCAGAAGCUGAUGAGCGUGCGGCUGUGCCCCCCGGUGCCGGGCCAGGCCGUGCUCAGCAUGGUGGUCAGCCCGCCCGCGCCCUCCGACCCGUCCUUUGAGCAGUUCCAGGCGGAGAGGCAAGCAGUGCUGGCCGAACUGGCAGCCAAAGCCAAGCUCACAGAGCAGGUCUUCAACGAAGCCCCCGGCAUCCGCUGCAACCCGGUGCAGGGCGCCAUGUAUUCCUUCCCGCGUGUGCAGCUGCCUGCGCGGGCGGUGCAGCGUGCGCAGGAGCUGGGCUUGGCCCCAGACAUGUUCUUCUGCCUGCGCCUGCUGGAGGAGACCGGCAUCUGUGUGGUGCCCGGGAGCGGCUUCGGCCAGCGGGAAGGCACCUACCAUUUCCGGAUGACCAUUCUGCCCCCCAUGGAGAAGCUGCGCCCCCUGCUGGAGAAGCUGAGUCAGUUCCACGCCAAGUUCACCCGUGAUUUCUCCUGAACCCUGGAGUGCUCCUUGGGACCUUGAUGCUGGACUGAUAAUGCCCAGGGCCUUGGGGGGGAUUCUCUCUAGAGAACUCCUGACUUGCUCCUGAGCCCCUGCUCCUGCAGUCCCCCCAAUAAAACUGUGAGGCACUC